UACAUUUUGUGUUACCUGUUUCAUCUAGACCAGUUCUUCUCAUCUGCUAAAACAUAAAACUCAAAUGCCUUCAGCUCUGUGGCUGCUUGAUAUUAUAGCCAGGAUUUCCUGUCUUUUCCUGCCUAGGUGCUGAGGUGCCUUAGUUAUUUCAGGGGUUAAAAGCUGUAGCCACUGAUGCGUAUAUAUUAGGCUGUAUUCAUAGAACACAGCUUGUAGCCUGACUCAAGCUAUUACAGUCUAACAACAGUGACCAAUAGAAAGAGAAGAAAGUCCAAGAAAGCUGAGGAGGACAGGAAGGAAACACCGUGUCUAGCAGCCAAAGGCUGUGAAUUUACAGUGAUUUCUAACUGGCUUCAGAUAGCUCCAGGAACUUGACUAACAAGGCGAACAAUGAUUCUAAAAGUCUGUACAAGUCUUUUGCUCUUAUUCUUGGUCAACUCUGUGUGGACUCGAACUGUGAGACAAGUUUAUGAUGAGAUGGAUCCUGAGCAUUGGUCUCAUUACUCUUUUGAGUGUCCACAAGAGUGCUUUUGUCCACCCAGUUUCCCCAAUGCAUUAUACUGUGAUAACAAAGGACUUAAAGAAAUACCUGCAAUCCCAGCAAGAAUUUGGUACCUCUACCUUCAAAACAAUCUAAUUGAAACAGUUACAGAGAAGCCUUUUGUGAAUGCUACUCAUCUCAGAUGGAUAAAUCUGAACAAGAAUAAGAUCACCAACAGUGGAAUUGAGAGUGGUGUGCUGAGCAAGCUCAAAAGGCUGCUUUACUUAUUCCUUGAAGACAAUGAAUUGGAAGAGGUGCCUGCCCCAUUACCAGUGAGCUUGGAACAGCUAAGACUGGCUAGAAACAAAAUCUCCAGAAUCCCAGAAGGAGUCUUCAGUAACCUGGAAAAUCUUACUAUGUUAGAUCUGCACCAGAACAGUUUGUUGGACAGCGCACUUCAAAGUGACACCUUCCAGGGACUCAACAAUCUUAUGCAACUCAACAUAGCAAAAAAUUCACUCAAGAAAAUGCCUUUAAGCAUUCCAGCUAAUACACUACAGCUAUUUUUGGACAACAACUCGAUUGAAGUGAUACCAGAAAACUACUUCAGUACAAUACCCAAAGUGACUUUCCUUAGGCUGAACUACAAUAAAUUAUCUGAUGAUGGUAUUCCCCCCAAUGGUUUUAAUGUUUCAUCUAUUCUAGAUCUACAGCUGUCUCACAACCAGCUCACUAAAAUUCCACCGAUCAAUGCUCAACUUGAGCACCUUCACCUUGAUCACAACAGAAUCAAAAGUGUCAACGGUACUCAAAUAUGCCCAGUAUCAAUUGCUUUAGCAGAAGACUAUGGUUUGUAUGGCAACACCCCUCGCCUCCGAUAUCUUCGUCUGGAUGGAAAUGAAAUUCAACCCCCAAUCCCAUUGGACAUCAUGACGUGUUUCCGACUACUUCAAGCUGUUGUAAUAUAAAGAUAUUGCAGUGUCUUGUAUCCCUCUUGUGCUAUGAAAGUACUAAAAUACAAGUUUUGCUGGAAUGAAACUUGUUCUAGCUCAUAAAUCAAGAAGUAACAGCUUUAUCUGGACUUUAUUUUUUUCUGUGCUUGCAUCUUUUCUACAGCUGAGAAGGUGGUUAUUCUUUCAGAAGAGAUUUCAGAUGGACAUGAAACAUGUGCUUAACACUUUACCUAAGAAUUCCUAGUGCAAAUAUACUGCACAUCGUCUCCAUAAGAUCUCAAAUAUUCCAAACUAAAUUCUGUCUACUCCACUCACUUUGUGAAAUACUGUAUUGUCUAUCCUGUUAACAUCAUUGCUACAAACAAAUUAUAUUUCCUUUUUUGUUAGAUUUUUACUAACACAAUGAAUUUGGUUGCACCUGGCUAAAUAUAUAUAUGCUAGAAAAAUUAUGUGUUGGAUGACUAUUAGCUAUCAGAAAUGCCACUGUCUUUUUUUAAGUUAGUGACUAAUAGUGAGCAACCACUUAAGAGGAAAAUAACUCAUAAAUUGAUGUUGUCCUUUGAAGACUGAUACUUUUAAGGCACAAAGUGUAUGAGGCUCUGAGUCCAAGACACUAUAACGAAUGUAUGUUGGUGUAUGGAUUCAUUCAGUGUAUGAUUUCAAAAUGGGAAUAUUGGUACAACUCAAAUCCAGCAACAAGGGAACGAGAUGAAUUCUUGGUCUAUCAGAGUACCAAUUUUCUUCUGUUUCAUUCUUCAGUAUUUCAUUUCUACUUUUGACACCUUUUCUUUUGUAGCUUUGGGAUAGUCAUUGAAUACUUGGUUUAUUUUAGUUUCCAUAGAGAUAUUAAUAAAACCAAAACCAGUAAUUAUUAUAUAUUUCACAGACUAGGUACUUCACAAAAAAUUUGAAUGGCUAGUUAAUAUAAUGGAGAUAAAGAGAAAACUACGAAAUCAAGAGAUACAUCAUUUCCCAAGGAUUUACUGAACUAGCCAAAUAUUUGCAUAGGAAUUGCAUCAGUUUAAGCACAUUCAGUCACCUCAGAGCAGUAUUUAGCUGUCUGCUGUCUCAUAUAAAUGCACAUAAUAACACUGGAUUUUAGAGAAAUCCAGGUAUUUAGAAUACAGCGCAUUCACAAUUCACUAACAAAGGAGAUAUCAGUGGGCACCAUAGGCAUCUUUUUAUGAAAUCUGUUUGUUUGUUUUGUUUUUAUAAGAUAAUAUUGGGAUUUCAAUAGACAACUUGAAUAUUAGAGUCAACUAUUCACUUGUAUUUGUAGAUAGAAGCAAUUAGUUGUUGUUUGAUAGUUUGUGUCUGUUUCUAUCAUUUUAAGACUGGCCUCAGUAACAAGCAUUUAAAGACUAUGCAUGCAGUAUAAUUUUUUCCUUGAAGAUGAAUAAUUUUCUGAAAAGUAGAGUUUUGAAAGGGCUGAUAACUGUACUUUCUAACAUUCAAUCCCUUUUUAUCUGAAAAUCAUGUUUUAUUCUGCUCCAGUGCACCUCUGGAAAUAACUCAGCAUAGAAACUCAGUAUAGAAAUAACCUAUUCAGAAAUCCUUUCACAAAAAUCAUUUAUUUUUGCAGUUCUUUUUAUGUGAUUGCUGAAAAACUCCUGCCCUUCUAGUAAAAUAUUUUCUGUAACUCUCUGUUCACCUUUUAUGAAAAAAUACAGAUUCAAAAAAAUCUCUACAACAUGUAUGCAUGUUUACCUAUGUUCUUUACUCGAUAAUAGCGUAGUAAUUUAUUUUUUUGAAAAAAAAGUAUGUGACAAUACUACUAAUUAAAUUAUAAUAACAAUUA